AUGCCACACCAAAGUAAUUCACAAUCACACUUAGUACCAUUACAGGAAAAACCACACAAGGAGGCAGUUCAUAAAUGCAUCGUAACUCCUCCACAGAGUUCAACGUCUCAUAGGGAAAGUCCAGAAGUAGGUUAUCAACAAGCAUAUGCACAACAGUCGCUAGUUAACUACAAUCAGAAUACGCAACCACGAGAGCAAAAGUAUCAAACCGAAGAGCAUGACUUAUCAUCACGUCCAGCACUGCCACAACAACUUGAGCCGCAGCCGCCAUCUUCGGUUAAUCAGCCACAGUCACCACGAGAAGCACCACCAAGAGAUAAUCACCAGUCCGGUCCACCAUCAUCUUCGUCAUCAACCACAUCGCCACAAAGGAAUUCUACUACAGUAUCGCCAAUAGCGGACAAUCGUCAAGUACAACCUACGAAGUCAUUAGAUCCAUUAGAUAUCAAUGUUUCAGAUAGUAAACUUAACACGGAACUACCAAGCCAAGGAAUUCAAGCAAAGGAUAAAGUCAAGCAUGACAGUCAACAAGAAACAUGGUCACCACAAGAGGAAUUGAACGUCAGUCAACCAAGCACAAAAGGAAACAAACCAAAGAUUUUCGUACAACGUCUAGGGAUAAAUGGAAAAUCAGAAGUAUCAAGUGCAAAUUUGCCGACGAGGGGUCAUCAACGUAUCAUUAAAAUAAAGUUUUAG